GGCGCGAGCGCCGUUAGCCAGUAGCUUCUGUCGUUGCAGGCGGUUCUCCCUCCAAUGCUGCCUGCUGCUGCUUGCCGCUUUCGCUCAUGGUUCCUUUGUGAGCUCGUCAAUGGUCGACGACAAACUCAAGGAACGUGCUCGCGUUUGGCGGAGAAGGCAGCCGAGGGUGUGAGCCGAGCGGCAAACUCGAGGGGCGCAUCUCCUUAAGAAGAAAGGUCAGCGUACCUCAGCUGCCGCCACAGGUCUCCCCGGACAAGGUGUCCGGACAGGACAUCCCACGAGAUUCGGUGCCGGCUCGCUCUUCUACGAAGCCGACUGAGGAGUGUACCAAACAGGGCCACCGCAGAAACAAGAGGCGUCGCUCUGGUCUCGGGAUCCAGGCGUUGGAACGUGAGCGUCCGACAGCAAGGAAAUCUGUGAUGCGGCCGGGUAAGACCAGUCGCAGCACUUUGCGCAAGGUCAAGGUGGUGCUGUCGCGCGCCAACCGCAACAACCGCACAACAACGAUGCCGCCGCCAUCGCUACCACUGCUGCCGCUGCCUCCGUUAGCGGACAAAACAGAUUUGGACAAGCUGACGCUGCGCGAGCGUGGUUGCCUGCCGCUGGAGACGAGCCCUGCUGUGCAGGACCGCUCGACGUGUCCGUUCCGCUUCCUGACCAGCUUCGACCGGCGCCGACUGCCCAGGCUGGUCACUACCGUGCGCUGCAUGUGCCCCGGAAGCACUUGCAGUUCGCGGAGGGGCUACCGUUGCUUGGAGGUCAGUCGGCCAGUGACCAUGAUGCGCCGCGUUGGCAGAGUCUACGUAGACACGCUGGAAGAGAUGCCCGUGGCGUGCGUCUGCGCCUACGUUGGCCGCAAGUCGCGUAGCGGCAGCCCCUGAAAGAAGCACCGCUGUCGCCCGCCUGUGACAGCAUCGAUGGGCUGACAGUGAGGACGGACUUGAUUAAAACAUGGGAGCAGUACUAGGAUUUUUUGUGUAUUCCCGUGUAAACUAACAGUACUCCCCUUUAGACACUCGGAUGAGCCUGUUUAAUAAAUGUUGCUUGAUGGGCCUGCUCUUAGAUUUUUAGGGGGAAUAUUACCUGCGUGAGGGUGCAUUUACUGUGUGAGAAAGUAUAUGCCUUAGUUUUAUACGAGAAAUGUGUGCUGCCGCGAGAAAAUUCAGCGCACCGGCCACGAAUUUUAUGGGAUGGCACAAGGGAUCAAAAGUAGACGCUGUUCUGUAAUCAAACGAUCGUUUUUAUGAAGAUAGAGAAACUAUUCGCAACUGAAAUGCUUUGUAGAUAAGGAAACCGUACUCGCACAUAUCUGUCAGCCCUAUUGCGCUGCGUGAUAUGCUUUAGUAAUUUGGUGCUCCUCCCGU